GUAUUUGGGACAUGUAAGUGGAGAGGCAUGAACCUGAUUCAUUUCCUGAUCCAGUGAUGCUCCCCAGCCCGCCUCCAAACAGACGCAGCACAGCCCAGGCCAGCUCUUAAGGAGUUCAGGAGUGAGAAGAGGCCCUCAGAGAUCUGACAACCUAGCAGUGUGUGGACACCGCCUCAGCCCACUGAGCAGGAGUGACAGCACGAAGACCAAACGCAAAGCGACCCCUGCCCUCCAUUCUGACUGCUCCCCACUAGGAGAGAUGGCACCGGCCAGAGCAGGAUUCUGCCCCCUUCUGCUGCUUCUGCUGCUCGGGCUGUGGGUGGCAGAGAUCCCAGUCAGUGCCAAACCCAAGGGCAUGACCCCAUCUCAGUGGUUUAAAAUUCAGCACGUGCAGCCCAGCCCUCAAGCAUGCAACUCAGCCAUGAAAAACAUCAACAAGCACACAAAACGGUGCAAAGACCUCAACACCUUCCUGCACCAGCCUUUCUCCAGUGUGGCCACCACCUGCCAGACCUCCAACAGAGCCUGCAAGAAUGGCGAUAAAAACUGCCACCAGAGCCAUGGGCCCGUGUCCCUGACCAUGUGUGAGCUCACCUCAGGGAAGUACCCGAACUGCAGGUACAAAGAGAAGCACCAGAACAAGUCUUACAUAGUGGCCUGUAAGCCUCCCCAGAAAAAAGACUCUCAGCAAUUCCACCUGGUUCCUGUGCACUUGGACAGAGUCCUUUAGGUUUCCAGACUGCCUUGCUGAGCCUCAAUUCCCUCUCCAGCCCUCUGCACCACUCCCCUACACCCAGAGCAUUCUCUUCCCCUCAUCUCCUGGGGCUCUUCCUGGUUCAGCCUCUGCUGGGAGGCUGAAGCUGACACUCUGGUGAGCUGAGCUCUAGAGGGAUGGCCUUUCAUCUUUUUGUUGCCAUUUCCCCAGAUGCCUAUCCCCAAGAAAGGGGCUGAGCAAGCUCAGGGCUGUGUGUUCCCUGGUCUAUGCCUUUGCACAUGUCUCCCCUGCCCCCUGGCAUUAUGGCAGCAUGACAAGGGGAGGAAAUAAAUGGAAAAGGGGCAUAUGGGAUUUGUGGACACAGCUGUUUCUGUUCCUGAACUAGAAGUCUUCCCCAGCUCUGACGUGGCAGUGAGGUGACCUGAAGCAAAGAAAAAUAUAAAUAAAUACCACUUCAUAUUUGUGUAGAGCUUCCACGUGAAUCCUCUAAUCCCCUGUGACAUAGACUUGACAGGGAUUGUAUGCCUUCUUUAUGGAUGAGGAAAUGGAGAUUUUAGAAAGCUUAAUUAAUUAAAGAGCUUGUCUAAUUAGUUAGUAGCAGAACCUGGACUCGAACCUAGGUCUCGUUACUCUAAAUAUAGUGUACUUUCUACUCUACCAGUUGGGCAACAAAGAAGACACCGUUACAGGGGCAAGAGGAGAACUAGGUGAGAGUUCACCCAUGAAGAAAUGGGUGCUCUGAAGAGCCAGUUACUCUGUGUUGGCUGCAAUAAAGAUCAUUACCUCUCUAGCCAA